AUGGAAUAUACUAAAAUAUGGAAGAUGAUAAGUGAAAAGUGUGAGAUCAUCCGUCGCUACGACGAAAACAUGAAGAACUUAAAAGAACAAGUACAACAACUAAAGAGACCAACCAUAUUGCCGAAAGAAUCCACUUUAAAGUGGCUUGAAGAGGUUAAAAAUCUGUUGGAAAAUGAUCAGGAGUUGAAGGAAUUGAUCACAGAGAUAUAUGAAAUGGAAAACAACAACAGAAACGGCCUUUUAGCUCAAGAGAAGAUCGAUUUAGUUAAAUCAAUGCGUAACAAUUGUCCCGGCCACGAUGAUGCAUCCAUCAUUCGAUCUCUAAAUAUUGAAGAGAUUGAAGAAAAGGGAUAUAAAAAGUAUCCAGUGAAGAAGUUGGAGUCCAGAAACGGAAAUCUUGUACAACAAGUGGUGACCAUGUUAAAAGAUGUUCAAGUUGAUGCUAUUGGCUUGUAUGGCGUUGAUGGUUUGGGUAAGACAACAUUGGCAAAAGAAAUUGCCAACAAAGCACCAAAUGUUAUGUUAUUUGAAAAAAUUGUGAUGGUUGAGGUUUCAAGAAUCCCCAAUAUGGAACACAUCCAAGAUCAAAUUGUAAAGCAACUUAAUUUGAAAGUAAACAAUAUGAAUAGUAUCGAGCAAAGGGCAGAGGAUCUGCUCAACACUCUGAAGAAAAUUACUAAGAUACUCUUUAUAUUGAAUAACCUAUGUGAGAAAAUUGAUCUAGAAAAAGUUGGGAUACCUCAACCUUAUCAUGAAACAACACAACAAUUUUAUUGCAAGUUGUUAGUGAUAAGCACAAAGAGGAAUGUGUGUGAAGAUAUGGGAGUGUCAAUGGCUAACAUUGUCGAGGUGUGUCCAUUAGAUGAAAAUGAAGCAAGGAAACUUUUCAGGGAACGAAUUGGAGCUAAUGUUGAUGAUAGACUAAAAGGACAUGAAGAGAUGGAGAAGAGAAUAUUGAACAAGUGUGGAGGAUUGCCCCUUGCUAUUGUGGCAUUAGCCUAUGUGCUUAAGGGUCAAGAGUUUUCAACUUGGGAACAUUUCAGCAUUGAAUUGGAAAAACCUAUUUCAAUUAGUCAAGCCAAAAUUAGUGGUGUAAAUCCUCAAAUGUAA